AUGGUGAUAACACUCACAAGCAGCAAGGAGAAGUCAACUACAUUGAUGCUAGAGAGGAAAGACGAAGCUAUGAUGCAACAGCUAAUGGAAAAUCAACAACAUAUGAUGGAAAGACAAGAGCAAAACGCCCAAGAGAUUGAAAACCUUGAGUUCAAAAUGGCGAACGACUAUGGUCAUCUCAACAGAAAAGAUGAUGAGAUAUUUGCAAAGCUCUUUGAUCUAACCAAUCAUGUGAAGAUGCUUGAGGUGCAAGUUGCUCAAACAGCAGAAGGUAUGAAGAGGCAAGAGGGUUUUCUUCCAAGUAAGACUGAGUUAAAUCCAAGAGUUUGCAAAGUUAUCACAACUCAGAACAAGGACGUGGUCUCACCAGCCCCUAGAGAUCAUUCAACCCUCAAAAACCCAUUGGAAUGGCCUGAAGAUGAUGAGCCAAUCUACAAGGGACCUCAUCAAAGAAAGCUGCAUAAGAUGGAAGAUCCAGGGCAAUUUGUUUUCCCAUGCACAAUCAAUGGUAUGGAUUUUAUUGAUUCCCUCUGCGAUACAGGAGCUAAUGUGAAUGUUAUGUCUAAGCUUAUAGCAGAUGAGCUUGGAAUAGUUGACAUUAAAGACUCUCAAACAUCACUGAAGUUUGGAAACGCCUCUACUAUUACCCCAUAUGGCUUUGCUCAAGAUAUAUUGGUUCAAGUGGGAGGUUGUCUUGUUCCUACAGAUUUUCAUAUUUUAGAGAUGAAUGAGGAACCCCUAACUGUUGGAACUCAUUUUUGA